GCGCCGCUGUGACUGACUCACUCAGUUAGCUUAUACAUGCUGCUGCUACGUUGAUUUGUUUUCAUUUCUUCUGGAAAUUUUCAGGUUCUGUCGUUCAUCCCGGUGUGUGAGGGCGAUGCGGAAGGCGUGCACGGGUCGUGGUCAUGUGACCCGACCCCACCGUUGGUGACAGGGUCAUGGAAGCGACUGGGUCCUACUGUCCCCCAAGUUACUGCCCCAACACAGCUGCAGGUUGUGUGUGUAUGUGCGUGUUAGGCGUCGGCUCCCAUGAGAAUGUCUGAAGUUGUGCUGGAGGAAAGAGGCUGCGACGCGAUGAAAGUCUUGGAGAGCGACGGCCCUCCCAAACCGCACAGCCCCGCCCACACACACGAACACAACGCCACACACACCCAGCACCAGGAGCGCGCACACAACGAGUGUGUGAAAGAACAGAGCUGCCUGGACCUCAGUAACCAAACACAGCCAUCCACCACAGCAGGACAGCCAAUGAGACGCUCCAAGUCAAACGCAAAAGUAAAAUUAGUCCGGAGUUUGGCUGUGUGUGAAGAAUCGUCGCCGCCCACAAUCGCAGAGCCAUCACACCAGGAUAAGAUCCAUUUGCAGCUCAGCCAGGCUUCGGAGAAAGAGGAAGCUGCCAGCGGGGAUGAAGAACAUGCCGAGAAGAGCCCGGAAAAGACAGAGCGAGCCGACAAAGUGCCAAGAAGAUCGCUGUCGAGAGACCCCAGUCAGGAGUACACCGACUCCACAGGCAUCGAUCUCCAUGAAUUUCUGGUCAACACACUGAAGAAUAAUCCUCGGGACCGAAUGAUGCUGCUGAAGCUGGAGCAGGACAUUCUGGACUUCAUCGGUAACAAUGAGUCCCACAAGAGGAAGUUCCCCCCAAUGACAUCAUACCACCGGAUGCUGCUCCACAGAGUGGCGGCGUAUUUCGGCCUGGAACACAACGUCGACCAGACCGGCAAAUCGGUCAUCAUCAAUAAAACCAGCAAUACCAGGAUACCGGAUCAGAAGUUCUCCGAGCACAUAAAAGACGACAAAACUGAUGAUUUCCAAAAGCGUUACAUCCUGAAGAGAGACAGCCUCAGUCUAGACCAGGAGGAUGGCAGGCUGAGGAUGCGCCUGAAGGACGACCGGAGGAGCAAAUCCAUCGAGGAGAGGGAGGAGGAGUACCAAAGAGCGAGAGAGCGGAUCUUCGCUCAGGAUGGGCAAGAUCAUUUCCAGCUCGAUAAAAGGAUUCAGGAGGAUGUGGGUUAUAUUACCAGUCAUCAGAAACGGCAGAUCUUCAGGUUAAGGGACAGCAGCUCUGAGAACGAGCCGCGAAGCCUGGAGCCUCGGCCAUGGAGCAGCACAGACUCGGACAGCUCGCACAGAAACGGCAGGCCAGCCAUCACUAAAGCCAGCAGCUUCAGCAGCAUCAGCGUGCUCAUUCGCAGAGACAGCACUGCUAGCAGCAGGAGCACAGGGAGGCUGUCUAAAACGGGUCAGCCAUUUGCGAACCCCGACGGCAGCACUGUGGUCUACAACCCGAUCUUGAUCUCACAGCAGGGGAGGAGCCAGCAACCCAUGGCUCCUCCCCCGCCUCCACCUCCUCCACAUGUCCAACAGCACCAGCCAACCAAUCAUGUGACACAGCAUUGUGGUCAGUGUAUGCAGUACUCAGCGAUCUCUUAUCCUCCUCCGCUCCUGCCUGUUCCUCUAAACCAACACUACACUGUGCAGGACAGUCUGGGGAACCAGUUCAGCCAGUUGAGCCUGGCACCAGGCGAAGUGCCAGACCACCAGACGGGUGUCUUUUCCCACUCCAUGGUGCUUCAGAAUCCGGCUCCCUCCGGCUACAUGCUCCAGCCUGGUCAGCCUGUCCCUCUGCCCACAUACCCGCCGCCCACGCCAAGCAUCCAGCAGCAGGGAUACAUCCAGCAGCCUGUGCAGCAGAUGUCGGCAUGUUACUGUGCUCCUGGUCAGUAUCCCCACUCGAACCAGCACUACAGACCAGUCACCCCAGUACACUACAGCGGCCCCCAGAGUCAACCCGUACCACCACAACAACAACCAGGUUAUCAGACUGUCAUGCCUAGUCAAGCACCUAACUACCAAGGCAUGAUGGGAGCUCAGCAGCCUCAGGGCCAGUCACUGGUCAGCAACCAGGCAGGGAUAACCAGUCAGAUUCAGGGUGUUGUGGUGCAGUACCCACCCAUGCCGCCCUAUCAGAGCUCGCCGAAUGUUCCUCAGCCAGCCUAUCAGCAGCAACUUGUUCUACAGGGACCGACCAAUCAGACACCAGUGCCCUCGGCCAGCAUGCAAGUGUACUACAGCGUCCUGCCUCCAGGACAGCACUCCACUGUUAGCUCCACCGUGGGCUUCCUGCCACCUCCGGGUUCCGAGCAGAUGCAGUUCCCCAGGGCCGCCUCUCCCUGCGGCUCUCAGCCAAUCCCGACGCAGCAGUGCACAGGUGUACCUCCAGCAGCCCCUGGUGGUAGCAGUGUACUGAUGAUGCAGCUGAGCGUCCCUCCUCCUCCCGCCACCCAGUGGAAACAAAACAAAUACUACAGCCUGGACCAGCAGCAUCAGCACCACGGCUCCAAACCGUCUGAGCUGGGCCUGGUCGACACGACGCAGAACAGUGCUCAGCUGAACAGCCCCGCCCCGUCCCCCGCCCACUCGCCCGGUCCUCCCCAUCUGGCCAAUCUAAAGGGAAUCCGUCCUGGCCUCGCCCCUCUUCCGAUCAUGACUCAGUUCUCUCGACCCUUCCUUCAAGGUGACAGCAGGUAUCCUUUGCUUGGGCAGCCUCUACAGUACAGCCAUCCCAUCAGACCUUCUCUAAUGCACGGCGCUCAUCUGGUCAACCACCACUACCAUCACCAUCAGGGUCCGAUGGGAAUCCGGCAUGGAGGACGUGGCCGAAGACCAACGAAGAAAUCACUGUCCACUGAAAGUAGCACAGGGGAGAUAGCGACCGGUCGUGUCCUGGAGGUGACGGACCUGCCAGCAGGCAUCAGCCGCGCCGAGGCAGACUCUCUGCUGGCAGAGCUGGCCAAGGCGGGCGCUCUCAUCAAAUGGCUGCCGGAGCAGUCCCAGCAUCCCCAGCGCUCUGAGAGCAGUACGGUGACCUCCGACCCCUCCGCCGUGACCCCGCGUGACCUCGCCUCGACCUACACCAUCCUGGCCACCUUCCCAUCAAGGCAAGCAGCGCAGAGUGCGCUGCUCAAACUCAACACCUCCAUCAGCACAUUUAGACUCAAGGCCAUCCAGAGGGCUGGCUCUCAGUGAGGCCACGCCUCCUCAUCCUUGACCCCAUCACCACCAUUUCCUGCCUCACUACUUCCUGUUUCUGUUGCGUUUUCUUGUUUUUGUUUGCAUCACUGUGGCGAACUGGGUUUGUAGUUGUCUGGGCUUUUUUUUUUUUCCUUCUCCCCCUCCCCCACUGGGGGUUUGUUUAAUACGGGGGGGAGGAAAAAAAAAAUCUGAACCGUAACUGUUGACUCAAGAUUUAUUUAAUCGAACCAAAAAAAGACUCCUUUUGCAAUUUUUUCUAAAGACUUCGAGAUGCUUUACCACAGACAGCAUGGUUGAUUUUGUACUGCAGAAUGGAUGCUUGGACCACGUGCACUUGCUUUUUUUUUUUUUUAAAUAUAAAGGGGGGAGGGAAUAAAACGUCUGCUCAGUUUGGUACAUCGAUGAGACCACAAACAGGAGAAAGUUUCAACUUCUUGUGCCUUCAACCACAACUGCACCGUUGCUCCAUCAGCGAAAGACGUCACCAAAAAGAUUGUUGAAUAAUUGAUGAAGAGAAUAAUUCAUGCUCUUUCUCUGAAGGUCAUUCAUUUCAGGCAUGAAUGGGAGCUCUGACUGACAGCUGAUCAGACUGGCUCUAGGUUUUAAUUUUAUUUAUAAGCGGCCAUUUUAAAAAAAAAAAAUCACUCCAGCUCUACCCCCCUCUCCCCCCUCUCUGCAGAUGUUUUUUUUUUUUUUGAAAGCUUCUAUGUUUUUAUUUCAGUUUGAAACCAAUAAAUGUUUACACCAAACUGUGUAAAUUCUUUAAAAUGGAAGUGGCGCCAUCUAAUGCCUACAUCUUCGCUCUGGCGUUUUACUUUACAUCAAACCUUUUACUUUACACCAGUGUGUUUUCUCAUCUUGUUCAUUUUGUCCUUGUUGUACUGAAACAGGAUGAGAAAACGAAUGCACUGUGUAUUGUGGCCUGAAGCAGAAAAUUAAUAAACUAAAUAAAAGCUACAAUUACA